AAAGAUCAUAAAUGCGUCCAUGUCCUUGUCAUUCAGUCUCAUUCAGUCUCCUCACACCACAAACUCAAGGUUAUUUUUUUACGUAUCGUCACACUCAUUAUGUUACAUCCCUCUUUUCCUGGCCUUAUAAUCAACUUGAUCAUCAUCAUCUUUUCAUCACAGUGGGUGUUAUCUGAGGACCUUUCAAUCCUUAGUCCUGACAGCCCUCAGCUCAAGAGUUUACCGGAAAACCAGCAACUUCCUAGUUAUCCACCAGGAGCGCUGACCAGUUACACACCAAACCCAAAACCAGGAUUUGUUACCACUCGAAAUGGUCAUUUAUACUUGGAUGGAAAGCUUUUUGAUUUCCGGAAUUUCAAUUCGCCAGAGCUGGUUCCAAGGGACACUGUCUACGAAAUUACCGACAUGGUACGCUCGGUUGCCGGUUUUGCAACACCGGCAACAAGAGCCUAUAGCUUAGGGGUUGCAAAUGAACGUUGGGGAGGCAAUCAGCCAGUAGAAAACGGUCAUAUAAGCGGUUGGGAUGUGGUGAAGAAUGACUGGAUAUACAACGAAAACGUUUGGCGUAGAUUGGAUAAAGUACUUGCUAUCCUCGCUGAUGAAGGAGUGAAGGUCAUCUUUCCCAUCAUUAAUCAGGAUUAUGGAAAGGUAGAAGAGGAUUGGGUCGGGAACUUCAACGAUUUGAUCCGUCAUAGAUAUAACGUGUCCGAUUAUCGACAAGCCGAACUGACGGUCGAUUGGUUUGUGGACAAGUCAAUCAGGGAAGACUUCAAGAAGAUCAUCCAUUACUUUUUGACUCGGAAAAACACCGUGAACGGGAGAAUUUACGGACAGGAUGACACAUUUUUGGCUAUCGAGACAGGAAAUGAAAUGAAUUGGUCUUUGAUCCAGUUCAAUGCCACCAACAUUACUGAUCCAAGCGAUCCACUGACAUCUGACCCAAAAGCUCCACCGCCUCUUCCUGCGUUCACUAUGUCCCACAAUCGCUCAGCACCCGCGGAGUGGACUCUCGAUAUCGCACAAUACAUCAAGUCACUUGCUCCUAACAUUCUCGUUAUGGAUGGCAGCUAUUAUCAAGCAAGAGUAGAAGCUUUUGGGAAGACUUUUAUCGUUGGCGAACAUGGGUUCUACUCGAAUGCUUCAGCUUACGAGUACUUUUAUAAGAAUUUCAAAGGUGCUGGAGCCUUGGUUUGGUCACUUAGAGGACAUUCUGAGCCGGGCGGGUUCAUAACACACAGUGAAGGAAACAACAUCUACAGUCUUCACGUUCCAGGUUUUCAAAAUCAAACAUCGAAGGAUUUCGAUCAACUCGAGUAUGAAAUAGUCAGACAAACGUAUCGUGCAAGCUUUGAUAUCCUUGGAAAGCCCGUUGCUCCAUUUCCCGUACCUGGUCCUCCCCAUGCGUUCUUUGCAACUAACUCGACCAAUACAGGAAUCUCUUUCAAAGGCUCGGCUUGGGCAGCCCAUUACGAAAUUUGGGGGGCUGUAAACGGUGGAUCUUUUGUCAAGGUUGCUGACAACGUUUUGGAUAAUGUUAACUCGGGCAAACUCUUCUUUGCGCUCGACCCUUCGCAACCUGAACAACCCUUAUACAUCCCUCCGCUCAGCUACAUCACCAUCCGAUUACCUCAAGUGGGAUGGAAGGAUGAUAAGUGGUAUGAUGGGGUUGUGACUUUGACUACAUCAAUAAACCUUGUCCCCUCAACAUUUCAGCGACGUUCACAUUCUCAACCUCAUCAUUCUCGAGGACAACUUUCGCAUGGAUCAGUUACACAUAGUCAUUCGAAUGUCAAACGACAAAAGAAACCAGCCAAAGAGAGUCCUUCAAUAUCUAAACGACAAAGCAAAGGCCAAAAGGGAGGUUGGUAUGCAGUGAGAGCUAUCGGCGUAGAUAACGUCCCGGGUGGAUUCUCACAAGCUGCUUGGAUAUCAGCUUCUGAUGAUAUUUAAUAUAUAGGCUGUGAGAUUAUGGGAGACCUCUCUUAGGGUCUUCACUUUUUUGUUUAUCUGAAGUUUAUUAUUUUUCGAUCAGGAUAUUUAACUACUGCAUCACUUUAUUUGUUGUUUAAUAUACCAUGUCCAUGUAUGUUUAUAUUAUAGUUUAAUGGCUCUUUGUUCUUGUAAGAUCACCUCAUUUUGAUAUCUCGAUUGAAGUCUUUUUUGGGUGCUAAUCCAAGGUUGACGUGUGUUUGGAAUUGUUAUGGAGCUGAAUUCUUGCAAGUUGAACUUUGUUGCGUGCGAUUUGAGCAUU